UACUUUUCUGUACAUACGUAUAUUAAUACGUAUGUUAACAAGAAUUAUUGUGACACAAAACAGUUAUAAAAAUCAUUCGUAAUAAACUAUAAAAAUUUGUUCUAAUAUAAUUUUGAAAACCGUUAAAAUAUUACAAUUAUUAUAUCUAAAACUAAUAAAUUUAGUACUGAUUUAUUGGGUAAACAUUCAAUAUGAAUACUAAACAAGAGUCUACUAAAUUGGAUGAAACUCAGGACACGCCUUGUCCCAAGAUAGAUUAUACUCAAAAAAUUGAAGGGUCACCUCCGUAUUUUCCUCAACCAGGAGAUGAACUUCCAGCACAACCAGAAAAACAAAUGGAUGCGAUUGGCCCAUGGGCAACCGGUCGUGUUAAUUUUACACCUCAAGAUAGUUUAACUGGAAUUAGACCAGUUGUUGAUCGAUAUUCCAUAACUACCUUUGGAGCACCUCAGUGGAGAGCUCAUAAUCAGAAAUGUUUUAAACAAUCAGAUGAAAAGAUUCGAGAAGCGCAGCUUGCUGUAAAUAAUGCAAAACGAUGUGUUGAAAAAUUGUAUAGAGAAGCGGAUAAGGUGCAAUUCGAAACAACAGAUCAUUUAAAAAAUCGUUCAAGUGAAGUAUAUCGUUGGAAAAUUGAACUAGAACACUUAAUACUUGAGAUCACGAAUGAAAUAGAAUUAUUACAAGCUGAACAUCGGAGAGUAAAGCAUUCUUUGUCGCUGCUUACAGUUCCAGAAUCGAUUGCUGGCGAAUUCUUACAGUUACGAUCAAAACGAUUAGAAUCCGAUCUUAUUAGAGAUGAAGUAGAAGAAGAACUUACCAAAGAAGUAGCACUUUGCUCAGAGAUACGCGAGUUACUUGGUAGAAUUCGGGAACAGAUAGAAAUGCAAUUAACCGAAUUAAAAGCUGCGAAAAUAAGAAUGGAAAUUGAUUGGACUGAUAAAACUGAUGCUUAUAAUAUUGAUUCCCACAAUAUAAAAUUAAAAAAUGAUUCCCUUAUCAUUUUAUGGAAACUUGGAGCUACAAGAUUUCCUGCAGAACAAUCAACACCUUCAAGCUAUGAACAUUACACACGAGAAAGUUUAACUGAUGCAGAAGCAGCAAAGCAAAGGUCUGCAAAUUUAAGAUCCACUUUAGAUUCUAUAUAUAAAAAUUCUACUAAAGAUCUUCGAGAUCAAGCGACUCGCGUAGAUCUCGUUUUAAGUCAAAAGAUUAAACUUACAGAGGAUGUCUGUAUACAAUUGGAAAAUGAAUUACUUCGUUGUUUACAUGAACUAGCAAAUACUGAAAAAUCAAUAGAAGAGCUCCGUCAUUCAACAAGAGGACUAGAUUGCGUAAUGAAAGUAGCACAAACACGAUUAGCAAACAGGUUGCAACGUCGCAAUGUAGAAAGUUGUCGUGAUACUCCCCAAUAUUCCCUAGUGGAAGAAGUGAAAUUACUUAAUGAACGCACAUUGGCUAUAUUAGCAGAAUUAAAACGAGCUGAAGAAACUCAAGCAGGUUUGGUGAAAGCAAGAAGCGAUCUUGAACAUGAAAUAGUCGUAAAACGUAAAACACUAUACAUAGAUAAACAACGUGGACAAUUGUUGCGUUCAUUUUACCCUACAACUAUUUAAUCAUA